AUGGCUCCUUAUAAUCCAUUCGCCAGACAUGAGUCCCAUAGCCGGUCGACCUUGACUGCCUACCGCAUUCUCGUUCCUUUGUCCUGGUUGCUGGUGUUGAUUGUCGGCAUCUACUAUUCCUCCAACUCGCCCGAUGAUGUGAAGCAUGGCCAUUCCAUUUGGAAGCAAGCCAACAAGCAUAUCACUGCCUUCAGCUUGAGUCCUAUCAUCACACGCAUCUACUGGGUCAUCCUUCUUAUCUCUCAGGUCGGCUACGUCUAUCAUCUCUUCUCGAGGGAUGCUGUACUGGUUACCGGCGCAGCGAACGUGGGAACCCACUUCAUUCUCAACAACCUGUUCACCUUUGCCUGGAUUCUUCUGUGGACCCGCAGCCAUUUCUGGGGAGCGGAAAUCAUCCUGAUUGCGCACUUCAUCAACCAACAUGCGACGUACUGGCGCCACCGCACCCUGAGCCCGCUUGCUCACCUGUCCGCUGUCGCGGCUCCUUUCGCCUGGACCCUCAUCGCGCUCUUCUGGAACGGAGCCGUUGCUGUCAACAGCAACAGCCUGCCCGCUAGGAUCGUUGCAAACAUCUUCAUCUGGGUGCUGUUCGCCGUGGGAUCCGGUCAUAUUCUCGUUGCCCAGGAUGACCUCCUCGGUUAUAGUUUGAGUCUGCUGACGCUUGCACUUGCGGUCAAGCAAGUUGGUGUCAAGGUGAUCUCGUUGCAGUGGAUCUUCGCCAUCGUCAUUUUCGCCAUCUUCUUCGUGGAAUCCCUCUACAUCUCCAUGACCAAGUACACCGGCCGCAAUGUGCUGCUCCGUAGAACUGGAGAGUCCGGUACCACUGACCGUGAAAGAGAGCCUCUCCUUAACGAGCCCACGGCCUGAAUAUAGGUGCUGUCCACCUGUGUUCCAAUGUCACCAGGAACACUCGCUGGCCUGUAGUGCUGGCCGUGGUCAAAAUGGAGUUGUCAUCGAAAAAAGAGAUGUUUCGCGCAGAUGGUGUUUCUCUUCCACUUCUACGCCACUUUUGUGGUCGCCUUAAACGGAUGUGAUUCAUGAUGGGGUCUGGUGUUGUAAUGUUGACUAUGGUCAGAUGUCUAUUGUUUCUCUAGUGGAUCUUCCCUCCCAUGUACAUUUGUUAGCAGUUGUAGCAUGGCGUUUCUUUUCCAUGGGUCCGCUGGGUGAGUUUGUCUCGGUUCGGUCGAUCUGUCCCCACUGUAUCCUCUCUUUAGUCUCAAAUUGAAAGUGAUUUGGUAAUGAC